AAUAUGUGUGUUUCAUUUGUGUUCACAUUGGUGUCUUGGUUUCUGAUAGUUUCGCAUUUUCUGGUUCAUUUUAUUAUAUAAAAUCAUUGAAUCGAAACAGUUUUAGUUUGCAAUAUCGUAACCAUAGUAUGAGCAUCCACAGAAAAACUUGAUCAAUUGCCGCAUCAAUAUAAUACUAUAACCAUUGACUACGAUUGCGUAUUGAUUCUCUUCUGGCCCAAACAUCAAAGUUUAAUUCAAAUAAUUUUUUCCGUUUUCACAAUCACAAUUCAUUCGCGACCGCUAUUCGCUCUCUCUCUCUCUCUCUCUCUCUACACACACACACACACACACACGGAAACUAUUCAUUCUUGAUUUCUUGGAUCUUUCCCAUUACUAUGGUUUUCGUAUAAAUACUAUCGAGUCAUAGACACACGAAUGAAUGAAUGAAUGAAUAAAUGAAUGAAUGAACAAGUUGAAAUUUUUUCAAUAAAUUAACGUAAAAUAAGAUAAACAGAAUCAAUGAUCAAUGAUUUUCAAGGGAAAAUGAAAGAAAAUGUGAAUAAUGUGAAUACCUUGUGACCAAAUUCUAUUACUAUGUGACUGUUCAGUUUGUUUUGGUUUUGGUUGUGCCAUACAUUUGUUCACUAUGUAUUUAUUUAUUCGUUCAUCGGCUCCAAAUGUUUUCGAAAACGAAUCAAAAAGUUUUUCCUCUCCUUCUGGUCGUCAUUGAAAUAUUUGAUUUGAGAUAAAAGUUUUCAUCUUAUUUGUUUACUUCAAGUGCAUUCAUCUUCAACGGUGGUGGUGUUUGCAUUGGACCAAAUUCCAUUUGGUCAUAAUCAAUGUUGUCACCACUGUUUGAGUGAAAUUCCAUAGUCAUCACAAUACAAACAACACUUGAAUCGGAUGCUCAGAUUUUCCUCUCAUUCAAAUGAUGAAACCUUUUUUCAACUGUAAAUUUACUGUCAGUUUAAAUAUUUGAAUAGUCUCGCUUUCGCUCUUCAUCUAUUGAAUGGCCAAAAUUGGAGCCAAUCAAUUCAAUUCAAUUCCAUUCAAUUCCAUUCCGUUUCGGUUGCAACCAAUUUCAGCCCAGGUUAAUGGGCUCCAUAAAAGCAAUAAUAAAUUGCUUGUUUGCCAAAUUGCCGGCAAUUUGCCACAUAAAAAUGGUAAUAAAACAACAAAAACAUGUAAAUGAGAGGACAAUUCAUCACUUUGUGCUUUUGAUUCUGUUUUUUUUUCGCUUCAUCUUCAACACGCAUGGAGACCAACAAUCACAAAAUCAACGGCGACAAUAAAAAUGAUGGAAAAAACAACAUCAAUUCAAUCAACGUUUCAAAUUGCAAAGAAUAUUAUUAUAUUCACUUUCAAGUGGAAACAAUCACGACAAAAAUAAUCAAAAACAAGAUUAAACACAUAACAUCAUAGAUGAUUGUGGCCUGGUUCCAGAAUUAUUCAUCCAAGCAAAAAAUUGAACCAAACAUUGAAUGAUCGAGAUUCGUCGUUGACAACAAAAACAAUUUUUCAAACUAAACAAAACAAAAAACAAAAGAAAAGAAAAGAAAAGAAAAGAAAAAAUAUGCCCGAACAAAGCAAUGAUUAUCGUGUGGUUGUAUUUGGCGCCGGUGGUGUUGGCAAAUCAAGCCUUGUGUUACGGUUUGUGAAAGGAACAUUCCGUGAUGCCUACAUACCAACCAUUGAAGAUACAUAUCGUCAAGUGAUAUCGUGUAACAAGAACGUAUGCACACUACAAAUAACCGAUACGACCGGUUCACAUCAAUUUCCCGCUAUGCAACGUUUGAACAUAACCAAAGGACAUGCAUUCAUGCUUGUCUUUAGUGUUACAUCCAAACAAAGUCUAGAGGAAUUGAACCAUAUCUAUCGAGAAAUAUUCGACACCAAACAAAAUGAUAAUGACACAAUACCAUUAAUUUUGGUAGGCAAUAAAUGUGAUGAAGAAGGUCAACGAGAAGUGACCGCCGAUUAUGCUCAAGAAUAUUGUUCCAAAAUAUUAAAAGGAUGUGGUUAUAUUGAAACUUCGGCUAAAACUGGCCAUAAUGUACACGAAGCGUUUCAGGAAUUACUAUCGAUGGAUAAAACAAGAAACAUGUCGUUAAGAAUGGAUCUAAAAAAGACUAGGUCUCAGAUACGAAAGGAAAAACUUAAAGGCCAUUGCAUAAUGAUGUGAAUGGCAACAUUUGUGAGAAGAAAACGAAAAAUUGUGAUCAUUAUCAUCAUCAUACUCAGUCAUCCAGUCAUCAUUGUUCAAUUGAUCAUCAAAGAUUUUUGACACAUCAAACAAAUUAUAUUUCAGUUUUGUACAGUUUUCUUGGUUCCUUCAAUCAAUGGAUAUGGAAAUGGGUUUUUUUGCUGUCGAAUCAUCAUGUUUCACACUCCCACACACAAACACAUUCUCUCUCUCUCUCUCUCUCUCUCU